UUUGACCGCAACCUGCAGGGAAGACUGACCUACAACCUCAGCCGCCCCUCCUCCCUGCUGACCAACAUCGUCUACACCAACGACCAGAACCACCUCUCCUCCUCUGUACAGCUGGGAACUCGUUCCAGCUACGUAUCCCUCUCGUACACUAGAAGUUUCCCAGAGUCAAACUCAAAAGUCCGGACUGCUGUCAGAAUGGGUACGUUGGGCGGGAUGGUUGAGUGCUCUGUGGAGAAAAAGUUGACCGACUUCAGCCACAUCGGGGGCACACUGUUGGUGGGGGUGCCCCAGGGAGUGCAUCUGAAACUCAAAUUGUUGCGAGGUCAGCAGACUUUCUUCUUCCCUAUCUACCUGUCCGACAAUCUCAACCCCAGCGCCAUGUUGUACGGGGCACUCCUGCCCUUCGCCGCCUACUACAUCGUCCGGAAACUGAUCGUGGAGCCUAUCAUCCUGCAGCAGAAGCUGAUUGACGUGGAGAAGAACAAAGAAGAAUAUGCCGACAAGAUGGCCCAGAAGAAAUCUGAAGCAGAGAAGGCUGUGGAGCUUAUGAAGGAGAGCUACGACCGGUGUGUGGAGCAGGAGGAGAGGAAGUCGGGACUGGUGAUCAUAAAGGCCAUGUAUGGCAAGCUGCAGUCUUCUGAUGACGGAGAGAUCAAAGAGCAAACUUGCAUUGACGUGACCAUCCCGGUACAGUCGCUGGUCAAAGACUCCAAACUGAUUCUGCCAGAGACCAGCUCCAAGAGCGGUCUGCCGGGAUUCUAUGACCCAGUUAUCGGCGAGCAGAAGAAACUGUACUUGAGAUACAAGUUCCGGGGCCGCUUGCAUCAAGUAUUUGUGUCCGACACAGAACCGGUCCGGCUGCCGCAGCAAA